CAACUAAUAAAGACAGAGCGAGAGAGAGAGAGAGAUCAGAAGAUUGCACGGAAAAGUAAAAACCAAAUCGGUCACAAUCAAAGCUAAUGUAAGAUGGACGCUCUGGUCCCCAGAGAGCGCAGCAGGCUGCCGAUGUUGUGUGCUGCAGGAGUGGGGCUUGUCAUGCUGCUGUCUGCUUGGCAGCUGGACUCUGACAGAUUCAGCGAGAGAGUUGGAAUGAUCGCUUUUUGCAUCACAGUAGAGGUGUUUAUUCACAGUGUGUUCUUGUUUGCAGAGGAGUGGCUCUUCCAUUCAAAGCAAAGGUAUCAUGGCAAAUUAAGUGAGAUCCUUCAGGCUUGUUUCAGAAGGCAUGUCGUUUUAGGAAUGUGUGCCGUAUUCCUCAUGCUAACGGUGGGUGGAGUUUCAUUCUCUGGAGAGCAGUGGAGCACCGUGGCCCUCAUGUGUGCCGUUUACCUGUUACUUAAAAGCUUGGGGGUUCUGAGCCCUGCUCCGGUUGAGAUCUCAGAAAUCUGUGAAAUGAAGAAGAUGAAUGUGGCACAUGGUCUGGCCUGGUCUUUCUAUAUCGGCUACCUCAAAUUUGUCCUUCCAGAUUUACAGAACAAGGUCAGCCAGUACUCCUCCACCAGGGGGAAACUAAGCUCUCCACGUCUACAUAUCCUUCUGCCCCUCAACGCCAAGGUUCCAUCCAAACCUGAAGAGGAGGACACUAAUGUGGUCUUCCACGAGAACCUUCCAGAACUGGUGCGGGACCAAGCAGGGGUGCGGAAACGUAGCUACAAGAACAGCGUCUACAAGAUCACCCAGGACAAUAAGACCUUCAGCUGUGUUCUGGAAUAUGCCACACCACUGCUGACGCUGUUUCAGAUGUCCCAUGAGAGCAGUGCAGGGUUUGGAGAAAGAGAACGAAAACAGCAGGUCCUGUUGUUCUACAGAACCCUCAGCCAAAUUUUGGACGAUUCUCUAGAGUGCCGGAACCGUUACCGGCUCGUCCUACUUAACGAUGAGCACACAGGUGACCCCCAUUACCUCUCCAGAGAGAUCAUCCAGCACCUGAAACAGCAGGAUGGAGAGAUCCACAUGGAUCCCAUCCAAGAGCAAGUGAAUGAAGUCCAUCCAGUUCCAGAAGAGGGUCCAACUGGGAGACUUAAUGGUGCGCAGCGUGCCGCUUUCCCAGAAGACCCAAUGAGCAGUGACCCCACCCUCAUGUUCAGCCAACCUCAUUCGUUAAGAUCUGAACCAGUGGAGACUACUGAUUACUUUAACCAGUCUAAUGCAAGAAAAUGAGAUUGAAUCAUGCUGUGCUGCGUGAGUUCUUGGUUGCUUGUGUUCAGUCUUCAAAUUAUUUAAUUGAAUUUGAUGUAAUAAUGACUCGUCUUUAUUACAUCACAAUGACUUGUCUUUUUCUGACCUUACAGACAAUUUCAGUUAGAAAUAUCUGACAAAAUAUCACCCAUGCCACAUUUACAGCUCAAGAGUGGCUAAUAAAUUUUACUAUAAUUUUUAUUUUAGUAUAUUUACUUUUUAAUAUUAUUGUUUUAUAAUAUUUUUUAUAGUUUGUGGUAAUAUUGUGAAUAUUGUGACUUUAUUUUUAUCAUUUCUGUUUUCAUUUUAGUUAAAGUUUUAAUCAUUUUUAUUUAGCCUCACUAUAUUACAAUUAAAUCUAAUCAUGACAAACUAUAUAUCGUUGGAAAAGUCUAAUACUCCUUAAUAGAUAAUUUUUUUACCACUGUUUUUU